AUACCCCUCACACAUGCGCUGGUUCCUUAUCGGGGAAAUGUGCACACUGAUCCGAAUCCAUCAUCACUUUUGGCUAGUGAGAUAGAAUUCCUUUCAACCUACGGUAGGCAGAUUGAACCAUGACCUACGCCGAUGCAAUCGAGGUCGACGAAAGACACAACGAGAAUGACAACUGCUACAAUCCUUUCACAGUGCAGGUGCACGACGUCAAGGUGUUGAACCCCAUCGAACCCACGGAGAAGGCCACUCUCUACCUGUCCAACAUCGAUCUCCUGUUGGUGCAGCCCAUUGACACCUUCUUCGUGUACGCGCCCAACGAGGAGCGAGACACAGAAUCCUUGUUUGCGGUUUUAGAGGAGGCCUUUCUGAAGCUCCUGGUACCGUAUCACUUCAUGGCGGGGAGGAUUGAGGAGAGUGAGGAGGGGCGGUUGCAAUUGAAGUGCAACCGGGCAGGAGCGGGAUUCGUCACCGCAAGCUCGCCACAGACACUGGCGGACAUCGGGGAUUUAAGGGUCAUGAAUCCUGACUUUCGGAAACUGAUGCCGGCGCCGAAGGGUGUGCAAGGUGUCAUGAAUGACGAAUUCCUCCUCAGGGUCCAGGUGACGAGGUUCCGGUGCGGAGGCUUCACCGUUGGAUUCCGAAUGAACCACGCGAUGUGUGACGGCGUGUCGACGACACUACUCUUUCGCUCAUUCUGCGCGUUAGCACGCGGGGAAGCGCUCACCACAUUCCCUGACCCCGACAGAACGAUUCUCGCCCCUCGAGAACCCCCAACGCCAGAAUUCCCCCACUCCGAGUGCUUCAAACUCAGUGAGCUUCCGAGUGUGAUUGCACACAAGACGCCAGCACUUGGCCCCGAGUACACUACCAAGCACAUCCCCUUGUCCCAGAUCGAGAUCGAAACCUUGAAGGCCAUCACAAUGGCCGAUGGGAAUAUCACAAAAUGCUCCUCCUUCGAGGCCGUCAUCGCUCACUUCUGGCGAUCCCGCACUCGCUGUCUCGACUUCGCUCCCGAGGAGAUAUCCAACAUUCUAAUUGCUGUGGAUUUUAGAACCAGAAUUCAGCCCCCCAUCCCGCCAACUUUCUGCGGCAACUCCAUUAUCUCGGCUCACGUCAGUGCCCCAGCCGGUGAGAUUCUGCAGGAGCCCCUUUCAUUCUGCGUUGAUAAAAUCCAACAAGCUGUUGCGAGAAUUAACGAACGCUACGUGCGGUCCGCGAUUGACUGGCUCCAGAUCCACAAAGGCUUGCCGGCUGUUAGGACCACGAAAGAUUGUCUGGUUUCGGCGUGGUGGAAAAUCCCAUUCUACGAACAUGACUAUGGAUGGGGAAAGCCCGUUCACUCCGGGCCGCCUUUCCCUGGCACAUCAGAAUAUGUUCUAAUUGUGACUGAUCCUGCUGAAGAUGGUGGGCUUUUGCUCUUGGUGACCUUGCUGCCGCACGAGAUGGUGAAAUUCAACAAGUACUUCAAAGACAUAAGCUCAGGAUCAAAUUCAGGUACAUAAUUGGCGCAUUUUGCCUACCUCAUCAAUGGGUUCGAUGAAGACGUGAAGGAAAGAAGCAACAGUAAGAAAGUUUUAUCAGGCUUGUUUGAGAAUCUCAACCACAGAUUGAGUGAAAGAUAUGUAAUACAGCUCAUGAGAACUACAUCCAGACAGUCCAAAUACUCCAAGUCGAGGAAUGGUAUCUGCAGAUGAUGGAGGUCACCAUUUGAAAGCCAGUUUAUUCAAAUUUGAAACUCGAUUUGAGCAACAGACAAUUGUAUAGCAUGGAAUUCAAAUACACAUAAUUAAUUCAAGCAUUGACGUUACCCCAUUCGUGCUU